UCAAUAGAGUAUGCAAAAAUCCACUGGCAUUUAAAAUGUUUGAAAUAUUUGGAACGCCCUAUGCCGAUUCUAAACAACUGCCGUUGGCCAGUGGACCGGGUCCCAUCGUCAUAAUCAUUGCCGGCUAUCUGUUAGUUGUUUUUAAGGCCGGCCGAAAAUUUAUGGAAUACCGCGAACCAUACAACUUGCGUGGUGCGCUUAAAUGCUACAACAUAUUUCAAAUUUGCUAUAAUAUCAUGAUGCUUUUGCCCGGCGUAUACUUCUUGUUCGUGUUCCGGCCAUACGACUUUCGAUGCAUGACUGUCUUGCCGCAGGAUCAUCCGUUGAAGAACUGGGAGCGCUGCAUCAGCUACGCUUACUACAUAAACAAGAUCGUCGAUCUGCUGGACACGGUUUUCUGUGUGCUGCGCAAGAAGUUCAUGCAAAUAACGUUCCUCCAUGUAUUUCACCACGUGUUGAUGCCCUCUGCAGGAUACCUGAUAAUCCGGUUCCAGGGCUACGGAGGUCACCUUUUCUUCCUGUGCUCCUUCAACGUCGUCGUGCACGUGUUUAUGUAUGGCUACUACUAUUCUGCGAUUGAGGGAAAAACCGUAAAAUGGAAGCGGUACUUGACAAUUAUGCAAAUGGCGCAGUUUGUCCUGAUGUUUGGCCAUUGCGCCUUUACCGCCAUGCAGCGGGAUUGUAAGGCCUCCCAGGGCAUACUCUUUCUGGUCAGUUUUUCCACGGCAAUCAUGUUCAUAAUGUUUGCCAAUUUCUACUUUCAAUGCUAUAUGAAACCUAAGGAAAAAGAGAUUUAAGUGAUUAAAAACGUCGAAUUCCCAUAUAGUUA